AUGGAGGUUGACAACGUGUCGGAUACGGGCCAGGAGAAGCAGAAUGUUCCAAAGAACAUUUCUGCAACUCGCGACGCGUCCAACGCGUUUAUCAACCCCGUCGGUCCCCAGGAACAGUCUAGAUCGACGGAACCAACCACCCCCCUCAUCUUUGACAAAGCCAACGUUUGUCAAAACGUCUCUCAAUCUCUCUCGAUCCAGUCGGCGGACCUGGGAAACUUCGCAAGGAAGAGAUCCAGGCAGGACACGCCCGGUACGAUCGCAUCAGACCAAGCGUCUGCGUUAACGGGGAGUCCUAGGACAAACCGCAUGCAGAACCUUUUCCCAGGAGGAGCUGAAACCCGAACUCUCAAAGAGUUGGUAAGCAAGCUCCUGGAAGUCGUUAAAGCCGGUUUACCGCUUGCGAACAAGUCAAAACAGGCCCAGAAGACAUCGAUCGAUGUCGGAACCGCGGCAGACAUCCUGGUACUAACAGGAGCCGUUUAUGAUCAAGUUAUGAUCGAAGACGCUCGCCGUAACUUUACGACCCCAGCAGCUCUUGCUGGGGCUGAUCCAAAAAGCCGUCCCAUUAUAUUCAAGGGCAAGGCCACCGACGAUACGCUAGCCGCGCUCACCGAGCAAAUGGCUUACUUAACAUCAGCAGUGGAAAACCUGCAACCAAAACAACAACCAAAGAAGGGACUUACUGUGCCCUCCUAUGCUUUAGCAGCGUCUAAACACACCCCGAACGCCACGGCAAGCCAAAAAUCUGUGCCGGCCAAACCCCAAGCACAGAAGAUGGCACCUAAAGUCAAACCGACGAAUGUCAUUUCGCUUGUUCACCUACCGGGAUCCGAGAUCUCACACCCAGGCCUAUCCACCGCAAAGCUGAUCCAAGAACUCAACCUAGCGCUCAGAGCCUAUAACGUCAAGCUCAACCCCGAAGACGAGACAUGUAUUGAAGUAAAAAGCCCAAAAAAGUCAAAGAGCUACUCCGGACAUGGAUCCAAGGCUUCUCCAAGUCUUCGAAGAUGA